AUGGCUCGAAAGCACUGCUACAGGAGGAGAUUCAAGCGUGUUACUGUAGCCGAUUUGACUAACGACAUACCAGGUGCCGACUGGGCCACAUUUCUAAACGACAUUGUUGGGCAUCGCUCAUCCUUCAAAGUUUUCCAAGGGACGGCAAUUCUAAUACGCUCGAAGAAAUAUCUUCGCUACGUGGCAAGUUUGAGGCAAGGAGCCAAGAACGUGCGUGCUGUAAACUACAUCGGUUGGCGUUUGCUGCAUCUUUUUGGGCGACACGCGUCGAGAGAACUGCGAUGGUACGAGGACAUAUUUAGAGAAGUUGACAUCAACGUGCACCAAGAGCAGGGCCUUUCUAAGGAAUGUCUCAUGUUGGCCAACGAUGUGAUGCCCAUGGCUCUCGGUAGAGUGUACGUUGAGACUCACACCGGAGUUAAGACAUUCCUUAAAGUCAACCGAAUGAUACAAAGCAUACUCUUUGGAUUCAAACACAUGCUUUCGGAGGCACCUUGGAUUGUCAAUGGUGAGCUCCAAAGCGCCUAUGCCCGUAUCGAUGCCAUCCGAACAAUAGUCAGCAUUCCACCUUGGAUUGCGAACGAUGUUCUUCUCACAGAGUACUACAAUGAUCUGGUCAUGGAUCCAUACAACGUCCCAUUCUUCAGGCUGCUGGUGAACGCCACAGCGCACACUGCCCAGAAACGAUUUAUGUCCCUUGACAUCCAAGAGGCCAUUAUAUCGGGAACGGAUGAAGAGAGGAAGAAAGCCCAAGACAGGGCUGGCAUCAGCAUCAAGCACCUCCAUUCCUUCAUCUUUCCAGCCAGGAUAGUACAUCUGAACCUACAUAGAUAUAACCCGCGCCAAUCCCUUCUGUAUGACGUUCUCGACAACGUCAUUCUACUGCCCGCUCGCAUAUUGCAGCCACCGUAUUACGAUCCGGACGUCCCGUACGCAUUAAACUACGGCGGACUGGACGUACUCCUGCUGCACGACAUUGUCACGGAGUUCUUCCGUUUUUAUUUCAACAUUGCCAACAACAACUGGAGGGUAAAGCUGAAAUGCAUCAACAGCGGAGUAUACACCGACAAGGAGGACAGCACCGGCGCAGCCUCUGAAAGACGGGACGUGUUUACUGUCGCUUUCACUAUGAUGAUAGUUCGCGUUGCGUACCACGCUUACCAUUACUGCAUGGAUGCAGAGGACGAUCAAGUCAUCCCAGGAGUCUGGCCAGAAGCUAAUCCCCACCAAAUAUUCUUCCUCUCCGCAGUAAGAAAUGUGUGUUCCCUAAUGCGCGACAGACACUGGGCGCGGCUCAUGCAGGCAGACAUGACCAAGUCGCAAAUACCGCUUCUGGAGAAGAUAAAGCACUCCUUUCAAGGUUUAUCAGAGCUCCACGACACCUCUCACUGUAGCAGGAAUAAAAAAGAUGAGUUCUACGCAUGUGUGGAGGAUAAACCCGUCAUGGAGGAAUCGCCAGCCACCUGA